UGGUCGGAGCACCGCUGGCAGCUCCUGUCCCCGGCGCAGGGAGCGUGGGCGGCUGCUUUAAAAGGCGAGCGCUGGGGUAGGCCCUCCCCGCCCGCUUCCACUUCCACUUCCGAGUCCGGGUUGCGGAGGGAAGCAGGCGGCAGCAACAGCAGCGGCCGGGAAGAGAGAAUCAAAACUCUAGUCUCUUUUAAGCACAGCUGACUGGCGUAGUGGAAACUGCCAUGAGACUUCUCUGUACUGCACUUUCUUUGGUCUUGAUUUACCAGGUGGUUGAUGCUACGUUAUCAAAGACCAAUGCAAAGAAAAUGGCUUCAAAAACGCUGGAGGAAAAGGUAUCAGAACUAGCUGUUCAUGACAACUUGUACUCCAAAAUAUGGCAUUCAGACAAAAUUGUACAAGACCGGGGUCUGGUAGUCACUGAUCCAAAGGCAAAAGAUAUUGUGUUGGAACACAAAAGUUACUGUGCCAAGAAAACGAAGGAGAGACACUUCUGGGGAGAUGUUCUGGGAUAUAUCACCCCUUGGAACAACCAUGGCUACGACAUUGCUAAAAUGUUUGGAAACAAAUUUACGUUGAUCUCCCCAGUCUGGCUACAGGUGAAAAGAAAGGGAAAGGAGAUGUUCCACUUCACAGGGCUACAUGAUGCUGACCAAGAUUGGAUAAAGGAUGUCAAGAAAAACUCUAAAACCAUCAAAAUAGUUCCUCGGAUUUUGUUUGACGGCUGGACUUACCAAGAUUUUGAGAGUGUUUUUGGCAGUGAGGAUGAGAUAGAGGAGCUUUCCAAGACCAUGGUGCAAAUAGCCAAGGAAGAAAAUUUUGAUGGAUACGUAGUUGAAGUGUGGAGUCAGCUGGGAAAUCAAAAGCAAGCGGAGCUGAUUCAUUUGCUCACUCACCUCUCAGAAGCUCUCCAUGAAGCACAGCUUAAGCUAAUACUGGUAAUCCCACCUGCUGUCACACCAGGGUAUAGAAAAGUGGGGUCUCAGGAUGUGGAGAGCCCUUCAUGGACCAAUCAGCUGGGAAUGUUCACAAAGAAAGAAUUUGAUCAAUUGGCCCCAGUAAUGGACAGCUUCAGUCUCAUGACCUACGACUAUUCAACACCACAGCGGCCUGGCCCAAACUCCCCUCUUCCCUGGGUACGGGCCUGUGUUCAGGUGCUUGAUCCUGAAUCCAAAUGGAGGAGUAAAAUUCUUCUGGGGCUGAAUUUCUAUGGCAUGGACUAUUCAGCACUGGGUGCCUCUGGAGAGCCUAUCCUUGGUAACAGGUACAUCGAAACCCUGAAGGAAAACAAACCGAAAAUUGUUUGGGAUGAACAAAUAGCUGAACACUAUUUGGAAUACAAAAAAAGUAAAGGAGGAAAGCAUGUUGUCUUCUACCCAACAUUAAAGUCCAUCCAGUUGCGCUUAGAACUUGCAAAGGAAUUGGGGACUGGAGUAGCCAUCUGGGAGCUGGGACAAGGCUUGGAUUAUUUUUAUGAUCUGCUUUAAAAUGGUAGACUAAUUGGAGAGACUUCAUUUGCUUCACGGAGACUGCACAUUCAAUUAAGUGAGGUAUUUGUGGGGAGAUGAUUUAUAAUUUUGUUUUUUGUAAUUUAUAUGAAAUCUGUAUGGAAUUUGCAUUUUUCCUAAUAAAGAACCUACUCUGAAUUACUGUA